AUGCGGUUCAACCUUCUCUUACUGUUUGCUCCCUUAUCAGGGGCUCUCCCCCUCCUCCCCACCUCCCUCUUCGGCCUCGCCUCCUGGGACGUGGAAGGCUUCGCGAGAGAUAACCCCCUCGGCCCUACCACCGGCGGCAAAGGCGGUUCCACUGUCACCGUGUCCACCGUCGCAGACUUCAAAGCAGCAGUCACCGGUGAUGAACCAAAGAUUGUCCUCGUCAGUGGAGAACUAAACUUCCCUUCGAGGCCCAAAAUCGGGUCCAACAAGUCAGUGAUCGGGGUGGGCAAGACAGCGCAGAUAACCGGGUCAGGGUUGGAUAUCGUCAACGCGACGAAUGUGAUUAUCCAGAAUCUGAAGAUUAGUUUUAUUCUGGAUAACGACUGCAUCACGAUAAGAAACUCGACGAGGGUGUGGGUAGACCACAACGAGUUUACGAGCGAUAUCUCCAAGGGGCCAGAUGAAUACGUCGACAUCAUCCGCGGCUCCGACUGGAUCACCGUCUCGUGGAACUACUUCCACGACCACUGGAAGUCCUCCCUCGUCGGCAACGACGCCAACUUCCGUGACAUUGACUUUGGCCACCUGCACAUCACCUACCACCACAACCACUGGCGCAACGAGGGGACUCGCGGUCCGGCCGGACGGUUUGGUCAUCAGCACGUCUACAACAACUUGUAUGAGGACUUUUUGUACCAGGCUAUUCACUCGAGGUCGGAUAAUCAGGUGCUGGUGGAGGGGAAUGUCUUUAGGGGUAAGACAAGGGAGGCGUUGAGUACGUAUGGGUUGGUGAUCCCGGAGGAUUCGCCGAACACGUGUGUUUGUGGGGAUGAGGAGCUGGAUGGGUUUGCGAAUUUGGGGGCCAGAAAUGACUGGGGCGGGGCGACGGUCAACAUCACGCAGGUGGGAGACUUUUUGAAGGCGCCGUACAAGUACAAGUUGACGCCGCUGCUGUUGGUGUCUCCGUUGGUGAAGUUUGGCGCGGGAGUAGGGAAGAUCUGA